AUGCUUAAGAGUAAGCAAAACAAAGGUAUUGUAAACAAGCAAGAGGUAAUCUACGCAGAACCAAAAUUCUCCAAGUCUCAACAGCAAAAAAUAUCCAAGACAAAUCAGAGAAAUGUCCAGUCAAGAGAACAGCAAGUAGACUACAUGGAACUGAAAUUUCCCAGAUCUCACCUUCAGCACAGAAAACAGAAAAAAGGAAAAGUGUUACACCACCGAUCUAUAGUCUGGCAAGUGAUAACUGGCAGCCUGGGGACCUUGUGCGUGGUUUUGUUGACAACAGUGUGUGUCUUGCUUGCAAACUCAUAUUCCAACAAAGAAGACCCAAAUCAAAAAAUGUCACCUGAUCCCACUCUAUCAUCUAAAAAUGGUGAAUGUUCCUGUGACCAUUGUUCAACUCACUGGAUUGGAUUUGGAAGUAGUUAUUAUCAUCUUUCGAGUAAAACCAAAACCUGGAUGGAGAGCCAUGCUGCCUGUGAAGAGCUAGAUACCCACCUUCUAAAGAUCGAUAUCAAGGGAGAGCUGGAAAUUUUAUCAAUGCUUGAAGUAAAAGGAUGGAUAGGUCUCAAAAUCAAUGAAACAAGUGAAUCCUGGUUAUGGGAAGAUGGCACCACAGUAAUUGAAAACCUGUUUGAAUUCCUGAAAAUGGAGAAAGAUGGUUGUGCAUAUAUUGAUGGAAAUUAUGUUUAUACUGCUAACUGUUCAUCUGGGAAAAGUUACGUGUGUGAGUUUAGUGUAUAG